UCCCCGUGACGUCACUAGCGCGCUCCCCGCUCCGCUUCUGACUUGUUGUUUCCUUCGUACGUCAUCGGGUGCGCGCCCCCUGGAAGGCCAGGAAGAUGGCGGCCUUCGGUGUACUCAGCUAUGAGCAGCGGCCCCUCAAAAAACCCCGACUGGGGCCCCCCGAUGUGUAUCCGCAGGACGCCAAGCAGAAGGAGGACGAGCUCACGGCUCUGAAUGUAAAGCAAGGAUUCAACAACCAGCCGGCCGUAUCUGGAGAUGAACAUGGCAGUGCCAAGAAUGUCAACUUCAACCCGGCCAAGAUCAGCUCCAACUUCAGUAACAUCAUGGCGGAGAAGUUACGCUGCAACACUCUCCCGGACACGGGCCGCAGGAAACCUCAGGUCAACCAGAAAGACAACUUCUGGCUGGUCACGCCUCGUUCCCAGAACUCCAUCCACAACUGGUUCACCGAUCUCGCCGGGACCAAACCGCUCACACACCUGGCUAAGAAGGUCCCCAUAUUCGGGAAGAAGGAGGAGGUGUUCGGGUACCUGGCCCGAUAUUCCGUUCCUGUCAUGCGUGCCGCCUGGCUGAUCAAGAUGACCUGUGCGUACUACGCCGCCAUCACCGAGACCAAGAUGAAGAAACGCCACGUCAUGGACCCCAUCAUAGAGUGGACGCAGAUUAUCACCCGCUACCUAUGGGAGCAGCUGCAGAAGAUUGCCGAGUUUUACCGGCAGGCCACUGGGGGCUGUGGUCCUCCUCCUGGGGCGACUCCUCCGGAGGUAGAACUAGCUCUGAAGCAGUGGGAAUAUAACGAGAAGCUGGCCAUGUUCAUGUUCCAGGAUGGAAUGCUGGAGCGACACGAGUUUCUCACCUGGGUCCUGGAAUGCUUUGAAAAGAUUCGUCCCGGGGAAGAUGAGCUCCUAAAGCUGCUGUUCCCUCUCCUCCUGCGUUAUUCCAGUUCCUUAGUCCAGUCCGCUUACCUGUCGCGUCGCCUGGCUUAUUUCUGCACGAGACGCUUGGCGCAGCAAGUGGAAGGCAGCGGCGGUCACAUCCUCGCAGCGCAGACCGGCACAGCGCUGCCCCCUACACCUGCACCUCCUACCCCAUCGGGAUCUGCCCCGUCCUCACCCUUCAGCGAUCUUCUGCAGUGUUCUCAGCACCGGCCGCUCGUGUUCGGGUUGAGUUGUAUGCUGCAGAGUAUUGUCCUGUGUUGUCCCAGCGCUCUUGUCUGGCAUUACUCUCUGACUGAUAACAGAAUUAAGACGGGAUCCCCCCUGGACCAUCUUCCCAUCGCUCCAUCUAGCUUACCAAUGCCAGGCGGUAAUUCUUCCUUCACACAGCAGGUGCGACGAAAGCUGCGUGAGAUGGAGCAGCAGAUAAAGGAGAGAGGCCGUGCCGUGGAGGUUCGAUGGUCGUUCGAUAAAUGUCAGGAAGCCACAGCAGGCUUUCCCAUUGGGCGAGUCCUUCACACUCUGGAGGUUCUGGACAGUCACAGCUUUGAGAAGUCUGAUUUCAGCAACAACUUGGACUCUCUGUAUAACCGAAUCUUUGGGCUGGGCAUCGGCAAGGACGGGCACGAGGUUUCCCCGGACGAUGAUGCCGUGGUGGCUCUGCUGUGUGAGUGGGCUGUGAGCUGUAAGCGGUAUGGACACCAUCGGGCAUUGGUCGUAGCUAAAUUACUAGAAAAGAGGCAGAUGGAGAUCGAAGCUGAGAGGUGUGGGGACUCUGAAGCGGUUGAUGAAAAAGGAUCCGUGUCUUCUGGUUCUCUGUCUGCCCUGAGCUCGCCUCCCGUGUUCCAAGAUGUCUUGCUGCAGUUCCUGGACACGCAGGCUCCAGUAUUAACGGAUCCAUCCAACGAAUCUGAACGCGUCGAGUUUUAUAACCUGGUGCUGCUGUUCUGCGAACUGAUCCGGCAUGACGUGUUCUCACACAACAUGUACAUGUGCACACUGAUAUCCAGGGGGGACCUGGGCCUGGACCACGCACCGCGACCUCGUUCUCCGUAUGAGGACCCGUCCGAUGACACUGACCGCAAGGAGGGAGAGACCAACAACAGCAUCAAGUUAGAGGACACGACCCUCUCCGAGACCAUGGACAUUGAUCACAGUUCGGGGCCUUUAGCCGAUGACAUGGAGAAAAGUGAAUUCCCGAUGUUCUCGCCCGCGAUGCGCUGCGAGGGGCGGAGUCCUGGACCCGAUGACGGGGACUGCGAAACACGGCGGACGGGGAAGCCUACAGCGGCGGAAGGACCUCUGGCUUCCUUGUAUGAUCAGCCGCGUCACAUACAAUACGCCACGCACUUCCCUAUUCCGCAGGAGGAGUCGUGCAGCCACGAGUGUAACCAGCGCCUGGUCGUCCUGUUCGGGGUGGGCCGGCAGAGGGACGACGCUCGUCACGUGAUCAAGAAGAUCACCAGAGACAUCCUGAAGGUGCUGAACCGUAAGAGUACGGCCGAGACGGGAUCCAACGAAGGGCAACGCAAACGCAGGGCCAAGCCGGAGGCAUUUCCCACCGCCGAGGAAAUCUUCAGCCGUUUCCAGCAGCUCUCCCAUUUCGAUCAGCACCAAGUUACAGCUCAGGUUUCCAGGAACGUCUUGGAGCAGAUCACCAGCUUCGCCCUCGGCCUGUCCUACCACCUCCCCCUGGUGCAGCACGUGCAGUUCAUCUUCGACCUCAUGGAGUAUUCCCUCAAUAUCAGCGGCCUCAUUGACUUUGCCAUCCAGCUGCUGAAUGAACUGAGUGUUGUGGAAGCGGAGCUCCUCCUGAAGUCCUCCAACCUGGUGGGCAGUUACACCAUGGGCCUGUGCCUGUGCAUCGUGGCCGUCCUGAGACAUUAUAACACGUGCCUGAUCCUCAACCAGGAGCAGACGGCGCAGGUCUUCGAGGGGUUAUGCGGCGUGGUGAAGCACGGCAUGAAUCGGUCAGACGGCUCCUCUGCCGAGCGCUGUAUUCUGGCUUAUCUCUAUGACUUGUACAUGUACUGCAGCCACCUGAAGAGCAAAUACGGAGAACUGUUCAGCGAUUUCUGCUCCAAGGUGAAGAACACCAUUUACUGCAUCGUGGAUCCGUCCGACUCCAACAUGUUGUGGGAGCAGGAGUUCAUGCUGGACACCAUCAUCAACCCGUCCGCGCACAGCUACAACUGCGGCAUGCUGGGAAAACUGCUGAGAGACACGCCCACCAACCGCUACAGCUUCGUGUGCAAUGCGCUGGUCCAUGUGUGCGUCGGAGACCAUGACAUAGACAGGGUGAACGACAUCGCCAUUCUGUGCGCGGAGCUCACCGGGGCCUGUAAAGAUCUCAGUUCAGAAUGGCUGGGGGUGCUCAAGGCUCUCUGCUGCUCGUCCAACAACGGAACCUGCGGCUUCAAUGACCUGCUGUGCAACGUAGAUGUGAGCGAUCUUUCCUUUCACGACUCCCUCGCUAUCUUUGUUGCCAUCCUGGUCGCCCGUCAAUGCUUCUCGCUGGAGGAUCUGAUCCGCUGUGCCGCCAUCCCGUCCCUUCUUACUGCCGCUUGUAGUGAGCAAGACUCGGAGCCCGGCGCUCGCCUCACAUGUCGCAUUUUGCUGCAUCUCUUCAAGACGCCUCAGCUGAACCCGUAUGAUGGGAUCCGCUCUUCGUGUGACCGCCAUCUUCUCGCAGCCGCACAGAACCGCAUUGUUCCCGGAGCGCUGUUUGCUGUCCUCAAAGCUGUAUUUAUGCUCGGUGAUGCAGAACUGCAAGGCUCGGGGUUCCCUCUCCCACCGGGGAAUGAAGAUAUUACAGAUGAGGAUUUAGCAAACAGGCCGGGCGGGAGAUUGGUAUCCAUAGAGACGGCCAGCUUGGAUGUGUACGCUAAAUAUGUGCUGCGCAGCAUUUGUCAGCAGCUGUGCACGCUUGUCUGGGUUGUGCGCUCUGGUCCGGGGCUGUGCACGCUUGUCUGGGUUGGGCGCUCCGGUCCAAGCUGUGCACGCUUGUCUGGGUUGGGUGCUCUGGUCCAAGCUGUGCACGCUUGUCUGGGUUGGGCGCUCUGGUCCAAGCUGUGCACGCUUGUCUGGGUUGGGCGCUCCGGUCCAAGCUGUGCACGCUUGUCUGGGUUGGGUGCUCUGGUCCAAGCUGUGCACGCUUGUCUGGGUUGGGCGCUCUGGUCCAAGCUGUGCACGCUUGUCUGGGUUGGGCGCUCCGGUCCAAGCUGUGCACGCUUGUCUGGGUUGUGUGCUCCGGUCCAAGCUGUGCACGCUUGUCUGGGUUGUGCGCUCCGGUCCAAGCUGUGCACGCUUGUCUGGGUUGUGCGCUCCGGUCCAAGCUGUGCACAUUAUGGUGAUGCAGAACUGCAAGGCUCGGGGUUCCCUCUCCCACCGGGGAAUGAAGAUAUUACAGAUGAGGAUUUAGCAAACAGGCCGGGCGGGAGAUUGGUAUCCAUAGAGACGGCCAGCUUGGAUGUGUACGCUAAAUAUGUGCUGCGCAGCAUUUGUCAGCAGGAGUGGGUGGGCGAGCGCUGCGUCCGCUCGCUGUGCGAGGACUCCAUUGAUCUCCAGGAUCCGGUUCUCAGCAGCGCUCAGGCCCAGCGUCUGAUGCAGUUGAUCUGUUACCCUCACAGACUGAGCGAUGCCGAGCAGGGAGACAACCCGCAGAGACAACGCAUUAAACACAUUUUGCAGAGCCUGGAUCAGUGGACGAUGAGACAGUCUGCUUUGGAACUUCAGCUAAUGAUCAAACAGACAACCAGCAAU